AAGUACUUCAGGAGUGAAUUGACAGGAGACCUACAAACAGUCAAUGAGUGUGCACUAAAAUCUGCUCUGCUGUCACUAAUUCCAUUCAGUGGUCAGGUUUCUGAACUCUGUCUCAUGGCAGAUUCAAGGAAAUGUUAUGACUCUGAGUAUUGUUGUAGAGCUGAAGCUCUUUCCCUCUUGGGUUUGUUAAGUGGGGAAGCUGGAUCCUGGUGUAGCAACUUCACUGCAUCACAGCUAGACAAUUUCAACAGAAACCUUGAAUCAGAAGGAGAAGGGGCACUGUUGAAGAGGAAAUACAUCCCUACAACAGAGCAGAGGUGA